GAACCCAGGCCCCCUGUAUUGGAAGCACAGAGUCUUACCCACUGGACCACCAGGGAAGUCCUGAUAAUCCAUUUCUUAAGUGAUUAUUUUCUCAAUUAUUUAUCAGAUGUAACUGCCAGUCAGAUGAUCUGAUAAGCAAGAGGUGCUUAAUUCUAGUGGGAAGACAGUGCAGUUAGGAAUGAGGAUGCUGUUGGGAGUGACAGAGGAAAGCACUGCCAGUUGAUUCCAGAUUUUCUAUUUUGUGCAUACAUUAUUUUGUAUAUACUGUAUAUGAUGACUUCGGUGAGCAGUGACCGGUCCAGAGGUGCUCGGGAAAAGCCACAGAUUUCAGCGACACAGGCAACACAACUACAGAAACAAGUGGUACAGGCAACAGCUGAACAGAUGCGUCUUGCUCAAGUGAUCUUUGAUAAAAAUGAUUCAGAGUUUGAAGCUAAAGUUAAACAGCUUAUGGAAGUGACAGGAAAAAAUCAGGAUGAAUGCAUAGUGGCUCUGCAUGACUGUAAUGGAGAUGUCAACAAAGCUAUCAAUAUAUUGCUGGAAGGGAAUUCAGACACGACUUCAUGGGAGACUGUAGGAGGGAAGAAGAAGAAUUUUGGAAAAGAAAGUUCAGAAAACAAAGAGAAUAGAGAGAAGAGAAGUGAGAGAGAAGUGAGCCGUGGACGCGGAAGCAACAACCGGAAAGUAAGAGGUGGCAAUCGUGGGAGAGAGUUUAGAGGUGAAGAGAAUGGAAUUGAUUGCAAUCAAGGGGACAAGCCUUCAGACCGUGGCAAGAGAGCUCGUGGUAGAGCAUUUGGACGUGGCAGAGGGAGAGGGGCAGGAAGAUUCUCAACACAAGGCAUGGGGACAUUUAACCCUGCGGACUAUUCAGAUUCUCCAUCUAUAGAUGGGUGUGGGACAAAACCAGUAGGUUGGGAAGCUGCUCAGAAUGGUGCAGAUGAGGGAACUGAACUGGCAUCAAAUGCUCAAAAUGUAGCUCAGAAUCUGCCAAACAAAAAUUCUUUGGGACUCAAAGGGGCCUGGAAGAAUUCUGUGGACGAGUGGACAACGGAAGACUGGACUGAAGAUCUUUCUGAAACAAAGGUCUUCACUUCCUCAUCUGCUCCAGCAGAGCAUCUUGUCACACCUGGGCAAAGUGUUGAUCUGGUAGCCUUGCUCCAGAAGCCUGUUCCUCACAGUCAAGCCUCAGAAGUCAACUCCUUUGAAACUUCCCAACAGCAGGGCUUUGGCCAAGCCCUUGUCUUCACAAAUUCUCAGCACAACGGUCAGAUGGCACAAGGGACUGGCAGCUCCACUGCUGUCAAUCCCUAUCCACCUCAGAGUCUGUCAUCCGUCCUUGGUUCAGGAUUUGGAGAGCUCGCACCUUCCAAAAUGGCAAACAUCACCAGUUCCCAGAUUUUGGACCAGUUGGAAGCUCCAAGUUUGGGCCAGUUUACCACCACCCCAAGUUCACAGCAGAAUAAUACAGGUCCUCCCACAACCGCUUCUUCUUGGGACCUCAAGCCCUCAGCAUCCCAGUCCUCAGUCCUUAGUCAUUUUGACUUCAAAUCUCAGCCUGAGCCAUCCCCUGUUCUUAGCCAACUGAGCCAACGACAGCAGCAGCAGACUCAGGCAGUCACUGUUCCUCCUCCUGGGUUGGAGUCCUUUCCUUCCCAGGUGAAACUCCGAGAGUCAGCACCCAGAGACAGCAGUACCUCCACUGUGAACAAACUUCUGCAGCUUCCCAGCAUGACUGUCGAAAACAUCGCCGUGUCUGCUCACCAGCCACAGCCUAAACACGUCAAACUCCCUAAGCGGCGAAUACCUCCAGCUUCUAAGAUCCCAGCUUCUGCAGUGGAAAUGCCUGGUUCAGCAGAUGUCACAGGAUUAAAUGUCCAGUUUGGCGCCUUGGAAUUUGGAUCAGAACCUUCUCUCUCUGAAUUUGGAUCAGCUGCAAGCAGUGAAAAUAGUAGCCAGAUUCCCAUUAGCUUGUAUUCGAAAUCUUUAAGUGACUCUUUGAAUACCUCCCUAGCAGUGACCAGUGCAGUGCAGAACUCCACCCACACAACUUCAGUCAUUACCUCCUGCAGUCUGACCAGCUCAUCGCUGAGCUCCACUAGUCCCGUAACAACAUCUUCCUCCUACGACCAGAGUUCUGUGCAUGACAGGAGCGCAUACCAAAGCUCUGUGAGUCCAUCGGAGUCAGCUCCAGGAACCAUCAUGAAUGGACAUGGUGGUAGUCGAAGUCAGCAGACAGUAGACACUCCUUCAUCUGUUCCAGCUCCAAAGACAACAGACCCUCCCUCCGCCCUCCCAUCCGUGGGCUCCCUGCCCAGCACCACCUCCUGCACUCAGCUUCUGCCCUCUGUACCCCAGCACACUGCCGCUCUGCCCUCCUUGUCCCAGCCUGGUGACCUGUCCAGCAGCCCCCUCUCUCAGCUUAGCAGCUCUCUCUCCGGCCACCAGAGCAGCCUCUCCUCUGCGCACACGGUGCUCUCCACCAACACGUCACACACGCCCUGCUGCAUUACAUUAUUUAAUCAGGCCUCCUCUGAUGGAACUUUAGGGCCAUUUUCAGUCUUGAUACCUUGGAAAUACUGUGGGUUCAGUUAUAGACCACCACCGUGGGAAUAUUGUGGGAAACAUGCCGGCGUGGAGAGCGCCCCUUCCCUCCAGUCCUCAGCCACCUUCUCAACGGCAGCAACCUGUGCCUCGAGUGCCGCGUCCUCAGGGCUCAGCCUGCCAAGCAGCAUGAACACGGUCAACAGCCUCUGCCUGGGCGGUACCGCUGUGAGUGCCCCCAGCAGCAGUGCCAGGGCCACGCCCUUGGUGACCUCAGGCAAAGCGCCCCCCAGCCUGCCCCAGGGGGCGCCUCCCCUGCUGCACAGCCAGUACCUCGUGGGCCCCGGAGGACUGCUUCCUGCCUACCCGGUUUAUGGCUAUGACGAGCUCCAGAUGCUGCAGUCGCGGCUGCCAAUGGAUUACUAUGGGAUUCCUUUCGCUACACCCGCAGCCCUCGCCAGUCGAGAUGGGAGCCUUGCUAAUAAUCCCUAUUCAGGUGAUGUCACAAAGUUUGGCCGAGGAGACUCUGCGUCCCCUGCACCUGCCACCACCCUGGCUCAGCCCCAGCAGAGCCAGUCCCAGGCCCCCCACCACACAGCCCAGCAGCCCUUUCUGAACCCUGCCCUGCCACCUGGCUACAGCUACACUGGCCUCCCCUACUAUACAGGCGUACCCAGUGCCUUCCAGUAUGGGCCCACCGUGUUUGUCCCCCCGGCCUCAGCCAAGCAGCACGGUGUGAGCCUCAGCAGCCCCACCACCCCUUUCCAGCAGGCCAGUGGCUAUGGCCAGCACAGCUACAGCGCAGGUUACGAUGACGUGAGCCAGGGGGCGGCAGCGGGAGACUACACCAAGGGUGGCUAUGGUGGAUCAUCGCAGGCACAGAGCAAGCCUGCAGGUUCUGGGCCUGGCAAAGGAGUGUCGGCGUCUUCGAGCGGCCCCGGCCUCCCUGACGUGACUGGGUCCGUCUACAGCAAGACUCAGACUUUCGACAGGCAGGGAUUUCACGCAGGGACCCCACCACCGUUCAGCUUGCCCUCGGCCUUGGGCUCCCCUGGGCCCCUGGGCCCCGGUUACGCGCCCUCACCGCUCGUGCACGUCCUGCCCGCCCACCAGCAGCCUCACUCACAGCUGCUGCACCACCACCUCCCGCAGGACGCUCAGAGCGGCUCCGGUCAGCGCAGCCAGCCCAGCUCCCUGCAGCCCAAGUCGCAAGCCUCCAAACCUGCCUACGGCAACUCUCCAUACUGGACAAACUGAACCCUGAAGAGCUGGGGGGCCAGGGCGGGGCCUACCCCGGGCAGGAGAGCGCACACAGAGCCCGGCACCCUCCCCAGAGUUUCUGAGACGUGUAGCUGUGUCAGCCGAGCCUCUGUGGGGAGCCUGCCUCCCAGACUCCCUGUUGUAUGUAAUGUAUUUAUGUAUGUAUUUGUAAAUGUGGUAGAAGGCUUGGGGGAGGGGGGAGCAACUGCUCCUCUCCCCACUCGAGCCCCUUCCUGCUGUAGCAGCAGCAGCCCCCUUCCCCCCUUCGGCCUUCAGGCCUUCUACAGAGCCCCCCGGUGGGCAGCGUCUGGAAGGGCUGGCUCGAGGCAGUUUGGGGACUGGGGUCAGGUACCAAUGAAGAAUCACGACUCAUCUCGCUCCCUUGUAAACCAUUCUUUGAGUUUUCGUCCCUGUGUAAUUACUUUAUCCCUUGCUUUUUGAGAAACUGGUCCUUUUGUCAUCUGUCAUGUUCCCCUCCCUCCAAACCUCGAUCUGGGAAUGGCAGAGAGAUAGCCCUGCCCCCCCCCCCCCCCCCGCGGUGGCACCUGUUUGUCUCCACAGAGAGCUGGGGCUUCGGCUUCUGGUCUGGUCUUGUCCCCAGAGACUUGCCUUCCUCUGGCUGACCAUUUUUAAAAUAAUCUGAAUUUGCGCUCAGAGAUACUCAGCCAGUCAGCUCCCCUUUAAAAAAAAAAAAUCAAAGAUAUGCCUUCAUCUCAGUGACAACAUGUCUCCAAGCAAAGGCUCCUCUAUUCCAGUCGUCCUGAGCCAGGUGGGCGACUGUUUCAGAGGUUUUCUCUUUUGCCCAAACUCCACCUAAUAAAGUUCUGAGAGCAUA